GACGUCAACUUCAAAGUCAGAUGGUUGAAAUGCAAGUAAUCUUAUUUGAGAAAAACAAUUUAAUUUAAAUAAUCUUAAUCUGGUUGUAACCAACAAUAUAUAUUUUGUAAAAUGGAAUGUCUAGACCCUGAAAAUAAAAACGGAGAAGAAAAACACUUAAAUAGUGUUGAAGUAACAACUACUAAAGAAGAAGAUGAUAGGCUAACAGAGCCUUCUGAAUCUAAAAUUCCUAAAACUGAUGUCAAAGAAAAUACUGUUGCAAAUCCCGUGGAGGCUGUGGAAAGUAAGGAAAACGAUUUGGAAGAAAAAAGUGAUCCUGUUGAAAUUAAAGUGAUAUAUAACAAAAAAAAGUAUGAUAUCAGGACAACCUCCAAUACAACAAUCUUAGAACUAAAGAAGCAUUUACAAGAUUUAUUAGGUGUUCCAGAUGCAAUGCAGAAACUUAUGUAUAAAGGACUUUUACAAGAUAGUCAAACUAUUUCUAAUUCUGGUAUCACAAAAGGCUCAAAAAUUAUGUUAGUAGGAUCUACUUUAAAUGAUGUCUUAGCUGUUUCAUCUGUCAGCAAACAGGAUAUAGUCGAACUUGAAAAGGCCACUACAUCAAAGGAACCUUUAAGUAAACAAAAAAUUCACCGUAAAGUGUUAGAUAAAGGAUUACCGGAAGAUGUCAUGCCUGGAUUAAAAAAUAUUAAGGAAGGAUUGCCACCAGUACCUUUAUCAGGUAUGUUAAAUAAACAUGGGGGAAAAGUUAGAUUAACAUUUAAAUUAGAAAGUGACCAGUUAUGGUUAAGUACUAAAGAGAGAACUGAAAAAUUACCUAUGGGGUCAAUUAAAAGUGUGAUAUCUGAACCAAUUGAAGAACAUGAUGAAUAUCAUAUACUGGGUUUACAGUUAGGACCUACAGAAGCAUCACGGUAUUGGAUAUACUGGGUACCAGCCCAGUACAUAGAUGCUAUCAAGGAUGCCGUACUCGGAAAAUGGCAAUACUUCUGAUUCACAAGUGAAACAAUUUAAGUGUGAGAAAUCGUAUGUCCAAGUGGUAUUCGAAAAAUACUUGCAAUGUGAAUAUAUUGAGUGUCUCUGAAACCAACAAAUUUUGUUCUAAUACAAAUUAUUGUAACUAGAUUUUAUAAUUUUAUACAUUUAUAAUUUGCUUAAUAUCGAUAAAGUUGUGUUCGGUUUUGCCCUUUCUGUGUUUCUCCAAUUCUCGAGACAAAAAUUACUUGUAGGUAUUUAUCUCUUACAUUAUGUUGAUUCUUUGUUAAGCAUCUAUUUUAAUAAAUUGUUUUGUCAUACAGAG